GGGACGAUCCAGAGUUGGUCCGGCGCAGCCAGACAGGGCCGGAGUGGGACCCUUUAAGAUAUCACGUGAUAGAUGCACCAAUCGCUCUUGGCAUGCCCAUCUCAUAUUACCUCCGGGGGGAUAUCACCAAUCCUCCGAGCUCAGCAUCUACCACCCCUACAACAAUGACAAUAUACUCCUUCUAUAUCUUUGACCGCCACUGUACGUUCCAGCCUUCUCCUCCCAGUCCAAUCAUGCUAACACCCCCCCAGGCGAGUGCAUAUACAUCAAACAAUGGCACCAACGAGACCGCACCUUCCGUCCAACCUCUUCCGCUACCUCGACAGUCGAUUCGCCGGUCACCCUCUCCAGCGAUAGGCAUUCCGCCGCGGGCUCUAAGCUCCAAAACGAAGUUCACCCCUCUGGUCGCGGCGGGAGAUUGAGUGUUCAGGAUGAUGCUAAGCUGGUAUUUGGCGUGGUCUUCUCCCUGAGGAAUAUGGUGCGGAAGCUUUCGGGGCCGUGAGUUUACGCUUCUUCAUACCGUUGGGGGGGAAGAGGAGGUACUGACGAGGGAGGCGGGGGACAUGGAUAGGGAUGAUUCGUUCAUUUCGUAUAGGACGGGAUCAUAUAAAUUACAUUAUUACGAGACCGCGACGAACUUGAAGUUUGUGCUGUUGACGGAUGUCAAGACUAGUAAUUUGAAGGUUGUUUUGCAUCAGAUUUACGUUAACUUAUAUGUGGAGUUUGGUGGGUUCUGCUACAACUAUUCUGCCAGUAUGGUGUGCUUAUUGUUUAUAGUUACGAAAAAUCCACUGUCUCGUGAGUUUCUGUUGGAUGAUUCUAUUUUUGUUCGGCUACUCGUGACACUAAUCCUUCGUCACCAGCGAUCGAGCACCCCGGAGGUGAAGGUGUCGCGGUAGAGCUAUUUGAAAUGGGACUUGAUAGUUUUAUUGUGAGUUAUUGCACACUUCGUCGCGUAAGAUCCUGGCUAACUCGGCUUGGAAUAGAGAACAAUACAGGAUUGACCUAGUUAGACUGGGAGUCAUUCCGCGAUAGGAUACACACGUUGAAUGGGGGGCUCCGGGAGUCAAUGAAAUACUUAAUAAGUGUCGUACGUGCGCAUAUAACCUACAAGUACCAUGUCCCAUUCCAAAUGAAGCUCGUUAGGUCCAGUGGGCGGGGGAUAUCAUGCAUGGUUGUUUCUAGUUGAAGCAUUGGAGUCUCCCAGAGGGUUUUUUUUAUAUGCGGAAUAGAUUUCAGCUAUGGUGUCU